AUGUCUGAUGCUUUUACUAAUCUCUUCAAAAAGAAGACACUCACCAAGGAAGAUGUCGAAGAGGCCAUGCAAAAAGUUAGAGUUGCCUUGUUGGAUGCUGAUGUUGCUGAAUCUGAAAAUAAGGGAAUACUGUCACGUAUUGCAAAAUGGGUUGGUCCGAAUCAAAAAGCUGAAGAAUUACCAAAAUCUGCUACUGUUUACUUGAUGGUGAUGGAUAGACUUUCAGAAUUGUUGGGUGGAGGUGUUGCUCCUUUGGAAUUAAUUCCAUCCACUGAAGGUAAAUCAGUUAUCAUGGUGACAGGUAUUCAAGGUUCUGGUAAAACCACAUCGAGUGCCAAGUUGGCUUUACAAUUAAAGAGAAAGGAAAAUAGAAGAGUCUUGUUGGUAUCACUUGAUACUUACAGACCUGCAGCUCAAAUGCAGCUUCAAACAUUGGCUCAACAAAUUCAAGUCGAAUCACUUCCAAUUAUUCCAGAACAAAAUCCAAUUGAAAUUGCAAAGAGAGCUAUGGAAUAUGUGGGUCCAAAUGGUGAACAAUUUGAUACUGUAAUUUUCGAUACAGCUGGUAGAAUGCACAUUGACGAACAACUCAUGACAGAAUUGGAAGAAUUAAGAGCUAUUGUUCAACCAAAUGAAACCUUGUUGGUUGCAGACUCUAUGCUUGGUAACGACGCUGUGAAUAUUGCUACUCAAUUCCACGAUCGUGUUGGUUUAUCUGGUAUUGUUUUGACAAGAAUGGAUGGUACUAGCAGUGGUGGUUGUGCUAUCAGUAUGAAACAAGUUGUUGGUUUGAGUGUUAAAUAUAUUGGUAUUGGUGAAAGGAUGGAUGAUUUGGAAACUUUUGAUCCCCAAAGUUUGGCUAAGAGAAUUUUGGGUGGAGGUGACAUUAUGACUCUCGCUCAAAAAGCUAAGGAUGCCAUGAAUUUGGAUGCUGCUCAAGCUCAACAAAAACUUGUUCAAUUCAGUAAGGGUGCAUACACAUUCAAGGAUUAUCAAGAUCAAAUUCAAAUGCUUAAAAAGAUGGGAUCUCUGAAAAAUAUGGCCAGUUACCUUCCAGAACAAUUUAUUGGUAAAUUCAGAGAUAAAUUGGAUAAUAUGGACUUGUCAUUCAUUGAUAAUCACGAACAUAUCAUUAGUUGCAUGUCUGAACAAGAAAAAUUGCAACCUCUCUUGGUUGAAUCAUCGAGUGCCAGAAGAUUGGACUUGGCUAAGAGAGCUAAGGUUGAAGUUACCGAUGUAAACAAGAUGCUCAAGAUGUACGAAAAGAUGAAAUCAUUCAUCAGUAAGGCUGGUUCAGCAGCCAUGAAGGAUCCAAAGAAAAUGAGUGAACAAAUGAUGAAAGAUCCAAUGUUCUUUGCCAACAUGUUCCCAAUGAAAGUGAAGAAACAAUUGAUAAGGCCACCAAAGAGAUAA